AGCGUCGGGGACAGGCGAUUGUGCUUGCGUCAACGGCGCGCGCCGUGGGAACCUUGACAAGCGGCAUGGCUACGGGUUGUUCAGAGGUGCCGCGGCCAACGGCGGCUUCUGAUGGGUCUCUGGUAGGGCAGGCUGGCGUCCUGCCUUGCCUAGAGUUGCCGACUUAUGCUGCUGCUUGUGCGCUGGUGAACAGUCGCUACUCAUGCCUGGUGGCUGGGCCGCACCAAAGGCACAUCGCGCUGUCUCCCCGCUACCUGAACAGGAAACGCACUGGCAUUCGAGAACAGCUUGAUGCGGAGCUCCUUCGCUAUUCUGAGAGCCUUUUAGGUGUCCCUAUUGCAUAUGAUAACAUCAAAGUUGUGGGAGAACUUGGAGAUAUUUAUGAUGAUCAAGGACACAUUCAUCUUAACAUUGAAGCUGAUUUUGUUAUUUUCUGCCCUGAACCGGGGCAAAAGCUUAUGGGUAUAGUUAAUAAAGUGUCUUCUAGCCACAUUGGCUGUUUAGUACACGGGUGUUUCAAUGCCUCCAUUCCUAAACCUGAGCAGUUGUCAGCUGAGCAGUGGCUAACCAUGGAGAUAAACAUGGGUGAUGAACUAGAAUUUGAAGUAUUUCGUUUAGACUCAGAUGCUGCUGGAGUAUUCUGCAUUCGGGGAAAACUAAAUAUCACAAGUUUACAGUUCAAGCGCUCUGAAGUUUCUGAAGAAGUUACAGAAAAUGGCACUGAGGAAGCUGCUAAAAAACCUAAGAAGAAGAAAAAGAAGAAAGACCCAGAGACAUAUGAAGUGGACAGUGGUACCACAAAGCUAGCAGAUGAUGCAGAUGACACUCCAAUGGAAGAGUCAGCCCUGCAGAAUACUAAUAAUGUGAAUGGCCUCUGGGAGGAGGAGCCAAAGAAAAAGAAAAGGAAGAAAAAGCACCAGGAAGUUCAGGACCAGGACCCUGUUUUCCAAGGCAGUGACUCCAGUGGUUACCAAAGUGACCAUAAAAAGAAAAAAAAGAAAAGAAAACACAAUGAAGAGGCUGAAUUUACCCCACCUUUGAAAUGCUCACCAAAAAGAAAAGGGAAAAGUAAUUUUCUUUAGUGUAUUUUAAAUAUGAUUCAGUUUUUAAAAGAUCGAUCGACAUACAAUUGAUGAAUAAAUGUUUUCAGUUAUAUGAAAUGGUUAAGCAUACCAGUAGUUUCCAAAACAGAAAAUACUGAACUAGGAGUAGGAGGCUCUAUGUGCUAAAAAUGAUAAAACUGACUAUAAAUUAAUUUGGGGAAAAUCAGUAUUAUUAAAGUACCAUUUUAUACAAAAUAAAAAGAUAGCUGCUCUCACUGUCGGCUCUCACUGUCGG